GAGAGUUGGUGUAGUUCUUACAUGAUCUUACAACUCUAUCCUACUAAUUUGAUACUUGCGGAUGAUGACUAUCUGUGGUAUAUCUUUCAUGAAAUAUCAUUUACUAGCCAAAUUACCCUUCUGUCCAGAUACCAAUGUUUCUUUUACCAAUCAAAUUAGUUUUGUGAUCAGAUAGAGUGUCAUUAUUUGUCGGAAAUCCUCCGUUUUCUGCUUCAUGUAAUCCUGUUCUUUCGUCUAGCCAUCUAUAGGCAACUGCUGAUACAAUGGGGGCGCACUAUUGUCCCCCUUCUCCCAUCUUCAUUUAACCCAGUAAGGAUCCAAUACCCCUAAUAGUAUUAACAGUGCAUUCAACCCUUAAAUCGUUUCGAUCUGUUCCAUUGAAAGCAGAUUGUUACUUUCCAAUAAUAAAGGAGAAAUAAGGAAGCCGGACAAUAUUUGCCUCCUUUCACCAUGCCGAGGUGAUAAUAAGCGAACAGUUUCUGGUGAAUGGAGUAUGUUAAACAUGCCAAAACAACUAGCGUGAAGUGAUGAUGUGAAGUGCUCUGAUCCUUACUCGAAGACGUCGACUCCUGUUUGGUUUUGUUGAUUAAGGCGAUAGGGUUAAAUGAUACGGGAGUGGAGAGAGAGUGGUGGUGAGCUCAUAUUGGUUCCAUGUCAGACAGGUUCUCUUAUUUCACCCCGACUCCCAUCGAAAACUCGUGAUGGUAUCUUAACACCAACAUCAUCUUUGUCUUCGAGUCUGGUUUUAAAAUACCUCUCCAGACAUCAAUGAAAACAGUCACAGGAGACGGGUAAAAGCUUUGUGGAUGAAUACUUGGUUUACACAACACCCCUCCGACCUGGCAUUCUGGAAUUAUUUGGGUUUAUGUCUUAAAGGAGUCUAGAGAAUUGGAGCACCAACUAUUUAGUCAUCACAAAAUAAAAACCACAUCGGGACUAGAGUCUUGCGGAAACAUCUAUCUUUAAAUCGGCUACGCCUUCUUAAUUUACUUACAGAAUAAGACGAAAAUGAGUUGCUACAAAGUACCUCCAGUUUUGCCCUGAUUAUCAACCUGAAGUAAGACAAAAAGCUGCCGCCGUCUUUUCCCGCACUCUUAUUUUCAAUUGAAACGACCUUCUAGCUUCCAGGGGCUACGCAAAAUUAGAUGCACGCGUCUGGCGUCCAUUUACACAGUGAACAAGUAUACCACUUGGACGUCUUAAGUUCAAAGUAGUGCUCUCAAUCUUUCUUCUCUCUCACUCUCUCUCUCUUUCGGCGUGAGCAGAGACAGAGGGGACGGUACGGGGUGGUGGACGAAACGAAAUGGGAUGACGAUGGGAGAGGUUGUCUGAUGAAGAGGCGAGCCCCCGUUUCGAUCUUUUUUUUCUCUCGUAAAACGAGAGUAAGAGGAGGGAAAGAUUGUCGUCCCGAAAGCUGGUUAUUCACCUCUUGUGUUAUCCUAUCUCACCAGCCAGGCAUGGUGUGUGUGAAGAUACCAUACGUGCAGCAGUACUCCGUCCGAGGUUGGCCCUGAAGUUGCGGGAGAGCAGAGUGGCACGGAUCGCAUCUUAUUCUUAAAGAUCCUUCUUAAGCUGCAGCACAAGCAAAGAAUUUGAAGCCGAUAAAUAGCCACGUGGUGUCUCCACACGCCACGACUCCGACUCCACCUCUUCGAAACAGGCAGAUGCAGGUUGCUAGCUCGUCAAAGAAUCAUCACAACACACACCUCAUCAUCUGGACUGCCCGCUAGUAUAAGUACUUGACCCCUCCACCAACAUUUAUUUCCAUCUUUCUCGAAAGAAGUAUAAAACUCCAAAGAAGAGUUUUGCUGAAAAUAAACUCUAAAUUCAACCAUCUACCCAAGUGCGAUUAAACCAGGCAGUCUCGGUUCCCUGGUUUAUCAAUUUAACGACAGUGGUCAUCCCCAAAACACCAUCUCCAUCAGUUGGGACAAAGCAAGAAGUUUGUAACCUCCAUCGGAUCUCUCCGCGCCACCAUAACAUCAACAAACCUCUUUCUUGUUGACACUGUAAACCGAUCUGGCCGCUUCACGAUGAGCUCUGUUUAUUUACUACUUUGCUUUUAUUUGUUAGCUUCAUUCCUCCUAGUCACCUGUGCACAGGAACCCGUCGCCAGCACUGGGAAUACGGAGAUAAAUCAAUGCAACGAUGGCAGACAUAGCUGUAGAGAAAACGAAGUUUGCACCCAAACAAGAAGAUCGUACCGGUGCUCUUGUAUUGAUGGUUACAGCAGACAAGGAAUCACAUGCACUGAUGUGGACGAAUGUCAAGUAAAAAGUGGAGGCUGCGUACACACUUGUAUAAAUACAUUAGGAAGCUACCAAUGCGGCUGCUAUGCCGGGUUUACCUUGCACAGAGAGGGAAAGGAUUGCUUAGAUAAAGAUGAAUGUAGUACCGGUGAACAUCGGUGUCAGCAUGAAUGUAUAAACACGAUAGGAAGUUACGAGUGUUCGUGUCCAAAAGGAAUGUAUUUAAAUGAAGACGGAAGAACAUGUUCAAAUGAUGCUGGUUGUUUAAAUCCAGACCUUGACUGUGCUCACUAUUGUGUUGAUAUAGCCAAUGCUCAGUCGAUUUGUCAGUGCAGACCUGGUUAUCUUCUAUCUGGUAGCAAGAACUGUAUACCCACAUGUUCUCUAGGUAAUGGCGGGUGUCAACACGUGUGUACAGAUUCACCAAUUGGACCACUCUGUAGCUGUCACGAAAAAUACAAUCUCCACACCGAUGGAAGAACGUGUCUAUCGCAUGGAGAGGCGUACGACGAUCCGGACGACUAUUCCUCCACUUCAGCGCUUCGCGCAGAUGAGGUUCUCGGUCCAAGACACAAUGGGGCAUCAUUAUCUGGGAUAGAGACGUGCGGUCUGAACAACGGUGGAUGCGAUCGGGAGUGUGAGGACACACCCACUGGUGUGCAGUGCAGCUGUCCUGAAGGCUUUGACCUGCUGGCCGAUGGGCGAACGUGUAAUGACCGUGACGAGUGCAUGGUGGAUAAUGGCGGCUGCUCACACAUUUGUACGAAUCGUCUAGGUUCAUAUGAAUGUACAUGUCCCAAAGGGUACAAGCUUACGUCGGAAGGACUUGCAUGUGAAGAUGUUAAUGAAUGCGCUAUGAACGAUACCUGUGAUCACUCCUGCGUCAAUCUCCCGGGAAGCUUCAGAUGCCUUUGCGAUGCAGGCUUCCAAGCGUAUGGAAUAACACACUGCGGAGAUGUUGACGAAUGUUCGAUCAACAACGGAGGAUGUCAGCAUGGUUGUCAUAAUACACAGGGAAGCUACGAGUGUUUCUGCAGAGAAGGUUUUAAACUUCAUCCAAAUAGGAAAGAUUGUAUAGCCACUCGAUGUCUUCCGCUGAGGACACCAGCCCGUGCCAUCCUCCAGUGCGCCACAGAGGGUACCGACGAGGUCUGUUCUCUAUUCUGCGAGUCCAACUCGCACUUUAUAGCUUCAGGACAAGGAACGUUCAACUACCAAUGCGGCGAGAGUACGCAUUUCGAAUGGACUCAUGGCGCGACCAAUGAUACACUUCCCAGCUGUUCAGCUUCGACUGACGUCCCAAUGGUUAGUCGAAAGGCACGCCUUUUCUUCUCCACCAGCCGUUGUGAGCUACAGCGACGGGUCACACGCCAACUUUCCAAAACCAUCAACCAAAAGUUAUCAGGUACUGAAAGCCUGCCCGACGAGUCUAACACUGAGUCGACCUUUGACCCUGCUGACCCACCAGCGCCCUCAUCGGCGGCAUGGGAGAGCCGUGGCUUCAAUUCUACAUCCCUCCUCGCCAGUGACGCCGGAGGAUGUCGGAGAGAUUGUGAGGUGAGUUUCCUCAAUCUUAGCUGUGAUCAACAACCUGCUGCGAGGAGAAAACGAAUGGCUGGUCGACUGACAUCGUCGUCCUCCUCGAUCACGGAUGAUGGGGGAAGUGGAUCAUUGAUCACGGCUUAUGUGGAGAUCGUCAUCAAAGCCAGGCUCAGCGGAGAGACGUCCCGAUGUGAUUUGGAAUGUGUACGCAAGAAGUCGGAACGAAAGAUGAAACGGUUGAUCACCAAGCUCCGGAGGGCCAUCGAACGAGAUCAUUUCGUAGUUCAGAUCGACGGCAACGAGUACGAGAUGAGUCGGAACCUCAACGUGACCGAUGUCUCCGAAGCUAGCUGUCCACUGGGCCAUGUAAUGAUCGAUGCAGGACGAUGUGUGGCCUGCAGCAUGGGUACCUAUUACCACGCUAGGAGUGGGGGCUGUCUCCCCUGUGCAGCGGGAACUUAUCAGGAUGAGGAAGGACAGUUAGAAUGCCGCAUGUGCCCCCAACAGGAUCAACAGUUUGAUGUGACCGGGGCCCGUCAUAUAACAGAAUGCGGAGGGCAAUGCCGACCUGGCGAAAACUCUGUAGAUGGUUUCCAGCCAUGUGACCCGUGUCCAGUAGGGUCAUAUCAACCCGAGUCUGGUCGUACACAUUGCCUACCAUGUAACGGUGGACUACUGACCCGGUUCUAUGGAGCUACUUCAUUUGCUGACUGUCUAGCAAAAGAACACUGUGGACCUGGCACGUAUUAUAACGUCACAACCCACUCUUGUGAGAGAUGCCCCAGAGGAUGGUACCAACCACAUCCUGCUAUGAACUACUGCAUCCGUUGCCCUGGCAACACCACCACGGAUGAGAAUGGAGUCGCUGAUGGAGAUCAAUGCAAAGAUACGACAUGCAGAGCUGAGAUUGGCCAGUACGUCGGAUACAUCGAGACACCAAACUUUCCUGGGGAUUACCCUGCCAAUGUCGACUGCACGUGGCAUAUCAAACCACCAAAGGGUCGAAAGGUCAUCUUUGUAGUUUCAGAGAUCUUCCUACGAAGGGAGGACCAAUGCGGUGACAUUGUGGUCAUUAGAAAAACAGCAUCGCCUUAUUCUACAACUUCAUUUGAGACAUGUGAGAAUGUUACGCGUCCCAUCGCGUUCCUUGCACAGUCUAAACGAGUGUGGAUCAGGUUCACAACAGACGCAGCACAUGCAGCCAAAGGCUUCCGAAUACACUACGCAAUGUAUGACGAAACGUAUGAAGAUCUAAUGAAAGACAUCGUAGGGGAUGGAAGGCUGUAUGAAUCAGAGUAUCACCAAGAAAUUCUAAAGAAUAAAGAGGUCCUAACAGCAUUAUUAGAGGUCAUAGCACAUCCGGAGAUAUACGACAACUACAGACUAGAGGAAUCAAGAUCGAUCCUACCACGUUCCUUCAUCAAACUCCUAAGGAAUAAGGUGGCCAGGUUCCUUUAUCCUGAGGAGAUGUUCCCUCCAGGACACAAGGAUCUAGUAACUUCCGGUACAUGGGAUUAACAUUCUGUCCUGCCAUGUCAUUGCGAAGCUAGGAUGAUCUAGAACGAACUGUGUCCCCUGUGCUUGUGUUCUACCGCUUUGCUUUGUCACGUAUUGACUGUCUUCCCUAUCAACCAGUCCGGGGCUGCCAAGUCUCCCUGUCAGGGAGGGACUGCCAAGAAGGCUCCCUGAAAAUCGACGGAUUUUCGAGUGAAAAACUGCAUAUUGUCAACGUCUCCCCGAUUCAUACAUUGAUCGCUUUCAUUGGUUCGUGUGUAAUUGAGAUAGUUCCCCCUCCUUUUUCAGUAAGUUUUUCCCGUAGCUGGGUAUCAAAGUUGGCAGCUCCGCCAGUCUUUAUAGUCUUUGGGCCAACCUUUACGGACAUCCUUCUAACUGCUACUUGAAGAUGGCACCUGCUGGUUCACAAGCGUCAUCUAGUUUCUGAUGGCAUUUUGACCUAUUAUAAAAUAGUUACAACUUCAUCCUUUACCCAGGGUAACCAUUUCAGCUCUUAUGGACUGUUUUCCCAUUCGGUUCUGCUUAACAUACCCUUGUCCGUUCCGAAAUGCGUAGCGCCUUGAUUGAAGAGAGUCCCAUUUUCAAGUCUUUGUUAUGACUAACUAUGACUUAGAACUUACGACCUUCCGUUCGUCAGGCGGGCGUUGUCAGAAAAUUUGAUCACCAUGCCCCACUAACUUUGAAUUGAUCCCUCCCUGGAAGCAAGGUUUAUAGCAGUUUUGACUCUCGACUUGUAAACAAAGGUUUUUCCCCCACCUCAGCAGUUUUGUUACUAUUUUG